UAAUUAUAAUAUUUUUUUUUGACUAGAUUCUUGAAAAUCAUCAUUCAAGAAUUCUCUUUUGAAUUCUUGAUAAACAAAAUUUUGUAUUUUGUGUUGCAUGGAAUUAGGAAUUUUUGAAACUCAACUUUUUAUUGAUCUUAUUGGUGUUACUGUUAAUAAUAAUAAUAAUAGUAACAAUAAUAAUCAUUCUUUAAGAUGCCAACCCACAAGUUCCAUUGGGUUGGCAAACUAUAAUAUUAAUCUUGAUUGUUCUGAUCAUCAUUUUGAUCAUAAUGUUAAUGAUAUAAUUCUUGGUUUUCGACGAAAUCCAGAUGUUGUUCUGAGAAUGGAGAUGGAAAGAUCAAUGUCCCUUCUUCAGAUGAUGGUAAAUGAAGGUUUAGUGCCUUGUGGUGAAGAGGAAAUGAAGAGGAGAAAUGCUAUUGACAAGCUCAAAAAGAUUGUAGUGGAAUGGGUGAAAACAGUGACUUACCAGCGAGGUCUUCCGAAAAAGUACCUUAAGUUUGCCUCUGGGACGAUAUUGACAUAUGGAUCGUAUGGUUUAGGGGUUUACAAUUCAGAGUCGGAUAUUGAUGCUUUAUGUGUUGGUCCAUACUUCGCCACUAUAGCUGAAGACUUUUUCAUCGUUCUGCAUGACAUGCUUGCAAGCAGGCCCGAAGUAUCAGAAAUCCACUGUGUUAAGGAUGCACGAGUUCCUCUGAUGCGAUUCAAAUUUGAUGGGAUAUCCAUUGAUCUUCCCUACGCUCGACUCAAAGUAAUAUCCAUCCCUGAGAAUGUGGACGUGUUUAAUCCAUUCUUCCUUAAGAACAUCGAUGACACCAGCUGGAAAAGUUUGUCUGGCGUGCGUGCCAAUAGGAGCAUUCUUCAUCUUGUGCCAAACAUAGAGGUAUUCCAAGCAGUGCUGCGUUGCAUCAAGUUAUGGGCAAAAAGACGAGGAGUUUAUACAAAUUUGCUUGGAUUCUUCGGAGGAAUUCACUUAGCAGUGCUUUCAGCGUUUAUCUGUCAAAGGCAUCCAAGCGCCAGCUUAAGCGCGCUCAUUUUACUUUUCUUCAAGAUAUUCGCGUUGUGGCCUUGGCCAACUCCGGUAAUUCUGCAAGACCAAAUAGCUAGGCCACUCAUCCCGACUGAUAAGGUUUCGUGGAUGCCAAUUCAGUUACCGUGUAGUCCAUACGAAUUUUGUCAUUCCAACAUUACCCGAAGCACAUUCUAUAAAAUCAGGACCGAGUUCCUCAGAGGACAUAUGCUGACUAAGGAUAUGUUGAGCCCGGAUUUUGAUUGGAAUAUCCUUUUUGAGCCUUUUCCUUAUGCAAGAAGAUAUGGACUAUUCGUCAAAAUCUUCCUCUCCGCUAGCGAUAAAGAUGAGCUGGGAGACUGGGUGGGUUGGGUCAAGUCGCGAUUUCGCUGUUUACUUGUCAAGCUGGAGGAGUUACUCGGUUUCUGUGACCCGAACCCAACUGAAUACGUCGACACAGAUGCAUCAGAGCCUAAUGUGACCUUCUACUGGGGUUUACCAACCGGUAGAGCUGAUCUAAUCAAAGCUGAUCUAGUCGAAGAAUAUUUUCUCAAGAGCGUAGACAACGGAUUGAAUCACAACUCAACUACUGGCACGAUGAAGUUAUCGAUAGUGAAAGAGUAUCAGUUGCCUAAGAAAGCUCAGUCUGUUUGCGAACGAAAGCACACCAAGCCAUCCUGGAGAGUUGUUGAUGGAAAUCGAAAAAAAACACCUUCACAGUCCAAGUAUAAACCACAUUGCGCUAACGAAUACUUGCCUACGAGCGAGAAUCCCAAGUACCCGAGAGCUGGCGGGUAGCUAGGGUGCAUGCAGACCUAUUCAGAGCUAUUAAACCCGGAUCCACUUGUUGGGAAAUGCAUGCAACUAAGUCGAAGCGAUAACAAGAAUAUUUCUAGUAAAUACAGGUUUGACAAUGCACAUAUUUGUUGAUCACACACAUAUAGAGAAAACAUCAAAAAAAAAAUAUAAAAAUUUGUACAUUUGCAUUUGUGUUGUAUUGAUUUUGAAACUCUUUGGAUCCUCAAAAACACCAUUUUUUUGUUUCUAUUUAUGGAAGAAAAUGUGUAGAAAAAUUGAA